GCCGGUUAGUCUAAAGUUAGCUACCGAGUCAUUCAGUUGGCUCGGUUGGAAUCGCAUCGGAUGGCGGCACGGUAGACCGCCUCUUGUGAGCCUUCUUGCCCAGUGGGUGUUUUAGGUGUAACGCAUUCAAAGGCCUGGUAGUGUUAUUUGAAUUUGGCGAUCAUUGCUACGAGCAUUGGUAAUCGAGCUCAGACUGCAGAACUUAUAUUGUGAAAUAUUGCUUACCGUACAGCCAUGGUGAAAAGAAUGGAAAAUAAAAGUGACCUAGCGUGGAUCUUGCCAUCAGUGUGGUUUAAUGUGCUUCGCUAGUAAAAUUAAAACAAGGAAGACGCUGCGAAUGAAGCACUGAAUGUAGACGAUCUGUGAGAUCAACAGUUGUGAAACAGGCAGUUUUUACGCGGCACAACAUCGGUGAAGCAAGUCAAGGAAAAUCUGUGUGACAUAAUCACGUGUAGGGUUGCCGCAGAUUUUGAGCUUAAAGCCAACGAAGAAAAUAUUGUUAAAGCCAUUAGCGCUUGUAUGAGCGACCUGUGUGUUUUUUUUCUCCUCUCGAUUAGAUGCUGCCGUGAUCACCGGUUCAGCACGAAAGAGCCAACUGAAAGAACUGCAAUGAUUCGAACAAUACCGAGUUUGGUUUAACUUGAAAUUUCGUGGCCUACGACGCUUGCAUCCAACCUGAAAACGCAAUGGAAGAGGCAACUACCGAAGCAGCUGGUAAUCAAUCAGUAUCCAGAGAAUGUCCCAGUCAACUGCCGACAGUGAUUGAGUAUAUUACUGGACUGGACUUAAUUUUAACUGUGAUCAUAGUCCUAACAAUCGUACUAAGUAUUGCAACGUUCGUGAUAUGCGGCCAGGCUAUAACGAGAGUGCUGAGGCAGUCGCCCAAACGGUUUAAAACCAAAACCAUCAUCGUUCUACUGAUCUAUCCGGUAGUGGCAGCGCUGGCGAUAAUAUCAAUUCUCAUACCCAAGGCGUACUUCAUUUGCGAUACGGUAUCGCAUAUCUAUUUCAUGAUCUGUGCCUACGUGUUCUACAGUCUUCUUAUAGAUUACGUGGGUGGAGAGGAUAGUUUCAUCAAAUCGACAGAUUCGGAAACGUUCAACACCAAAACACCGCCAUGCUGUUGCUGUCUAUUUUUCCUGAAGCGGACGGCUGUCACCAAAAAUCGGCUACUAUUCACAAGACUUUUAAUUCUCCAACUUCCGAUAGUGCAGAGUUUGCUGUUUUUAGGACUCAAUGUUGUCUUUGUGGAAGAUACUGAAAAUUUUAACCAAAUAAUUCUAUACUUUGUACCAUUCAUCGUCCUUUCGAUCAUCAUUGGAGUAUGGGGACUAAAUAUAGCAGUUCGGAUGGUAGACUCUUAUAAUGCGGAACUUAAAUCAAUGGCAAAAUAUUUUGCUCUGCAGGCGGUGCUAAUGUUCUGCAAAGUUCAGCCUUUAGUGAUAAUGGUCAUUAUCACCUAUGUCACACCGCGAUGUGAUUAUCCCCUGGUGUUGCAAGUACAAAAAAAUGCCGUGUUUCAAAUGUGUCUCUGUGCGGAAAUGUUGGUCCUAUCAAUAUGGGCCUUCUAUUUAUACAAAACUCCCAGUAAAAAUCGAAACUUGCUUGCCACGACGGAAACCAACUAAGCAGCUGAGCUUCGAAGGAACUAUCGAAUAGCAUCGACCAAAAUUUUUGUGUAUUUCGAUGUCGUGAUUCAAUGUGAUAUACAAAUACUGAAUAUAUAUGAUGGAAAAGUAAUGUAGUAAACCUAU